AUGGGGACUGUCAAAGAGACAGAUAUUGUAAUCGCAAAAUUUGAUUACAAAGCCACAGACAGUCAGGAGCUUGACAUUCAAAAGGGUGAAAAACUAACCCUUAUGGAUGAUACCCAACACUGGUGGAAAGUUAUGAAUUCUUUCGGGAAUGUGGGCUACGUCCCUAGUAAUUAUGUCAAGAGAUCAAAGCAUGGGCUGUUUUCGAGCCUACGCAAUACUUUAGGUCGUCGAAAAAGUAGGACCGAUCUUUCAAUGCCAGCUGCAGGGACUUCAACUGGUGGUCGUCCACCAGCACCUACUCCAUCAUCGAUUCGCAAUGGUAGUAGUAAUACAGGUUCCCAAGUUGGUGUGAAGGCGAGUGCCGAAUCCCUUGAUUAUGUCGCUCCUUCACUUCCGUCAUCAGGUUCUGGUCAGUCACCUUCUAGAGGAACCGCUGCUUCAAUUGGUUAUCAACCAGUGUCAUCCACUUUUCCAACUAAUGGAACUACCACUGCUUCUGAUAAUCCUCGAUCCUCCUCUGCUAUUUUGCCUUCUAGUCAUCAACUUCCACCCACUCACCCAGGAAUGCGCGAUACAUCUCCCCCUAAAGUCCCCACGGCUGCUGACAAUGUCAUCUUGUCCAAUCCCACGAAAAAUGGUCCUUCUGACAGUAAUACCAACUGGCUUCCAGUCUCUUCUUCCCAGGGUGUCUCUGGCUUAUCCUCUGAAACUCAACAAUUUUCCUCCGCACGAAGUACCGGCGGUAGUGCUGGUGGAAGUAUCUCCUCUCGACAGAUCUGCGUAGCGCGUUUUACUUACAAGGCCUCCCAAUUAGAUGAAUUGACCAUCAAACCAGGUGAUCGCAUCUGUGUUCUUGAGAAGAGUUCGGAUGGAUGGUGGCAUGGAAUUCUACUUUCACCUGAUGGUAGUGCUUCAAUAGAUCCUUCUGGACAAAAAUCGGAAACCAUUGGGUGGUUCCCCUCCAAUUAUGUUGUUAUGGAGCAAGCACCAAACAAGUGA